AGGUGUGUAAACUUUACUCAUUCAUUCAAGUUCGACCUACAUGUACGUUUUGUACUCGAAAGGAGCGAGUUGGACACGAGCCUUUUCCACGGUAUGAACACUUCUCUAGUGAGGAGAGAGUGCAAAAGAGAGUUAUGAGUCACGUGACAUGUUUCUAUGACGACGCGUUACACUGAACUUCAACUGAUCAGAUUUGACUGAAGAUACCAGGAUCUGGACAAAUAAAUAGAUGGAUCCUUCUUCUGAGCUGGUGGAAAUAGAGGAAAAGGGUGAAAUGCCUCAUGACGACAUUUCAGAGGAUGUUUUAUCUCUCAGUAAAGAAACGUGUGAGGACGACGAUCCGUACGACGUGACAUGGACAAUACACAUGGCUCUAGCUGUUCCACCAGAGGAGGGUGAGGUCUGCACAGAGCACAAGAGAGGACAGAAAAAAGCCCACCCUGAUCGAGGCUGCUACCACAUUGAGUACAAGCUGCUGCCAGGUGACACAGAGACGGUCAAACUCGACCUUUUGUUAUUUGGACCUGUGGCAAAACUAUACAAAGAAGAAGGAUCCAAGAUUCUACCAACCUGGACUGAAGGAGGUCAAACGUGGGUCGGAUGGAGCCAGGAUUUCACCGUGAAAGUCGACAGAAGUUUGAUCACUCAGUUACUUCACCAUAAGGUCACUGUCCACAUGUGGAACCACAGGGACAAACUGCUCAGCCCGGCGCGAUCUGAACGGCACAGGGCCCUGAGACUGACCCAGGACCUGACCGAUGACCCGCAGACGAGUGAUGAUGUGAAGUCCAUCGUUACAAAAGUGAGAUCUUUAUGUCCAAAGACGGUUUCCAAGGAGCAGCUCUUUCGUUCUGUUUCAAAGCUGGAAAUCAAAGAUAAGAGCCUGACACUCGUCCAAACAGCGACAGACGGUGUGUGUGACCCUGGGGUUGAAGUCGAUUUGGCAUCAGUUCAGUUCAGUCCUGUACCUUUUUUGGCAGGUGAAGAGUCUUUGACAGAAUGGGCUUUGGUUGGUUCCUGUUGUGUUAACGAGUGUAUGAUCCACAUCUCCCUCCACAAACCUCUGCUGUCGGAUCAUUUAAAAGCUGAACUCAACCCUCUGGCCAUUACUAUUGUUUCAGCCUCCUCAAUGCCAUCUUCCCCCGUGCCUUUUCAUGUCUUAGAGGAGAAAUGCAUUCCUGUGUACUGCCAAUAUCAAUUCCACAAUCUCAAAAAGCACAGGACCAGCUACGAAAAACACGGCGACAAAAUUUAUUUCAGAGACGUCAAUGUAAUCUUUACCGGUUUAUUGAAUCCGCGGGAUCUCCAUGAGUUCCUGUCAGGACCACCGAUGAAGAUAGAGAUUCACGACCGUGACAGGAGGCGAGAUGAUAAAACCCCAGUUGGGCUCAGCUGUGGUUUCAAUGGUAUUUCCACUGGUGCAACUUCGAAACGGAAGAACGAUUUUAAUUAUCACGGUGUUGCAAACCUUAAUUUAUCACCGCUGCUGCUUGGGACAACAAAUUUUAAAGUUUGUCUACCAAUUAAAAGCUGCACGUUGCCUCCAGAUUUGGACAAGACUCGGGAUCUGUCAGUUCUACCAGGCCAUUACAUUGAUGCAAAUUCAGUUCUCAAAGCUAGAAUUAAACUAGCUUGCCCUCUUAACUUCUCUAAAAAUAAUAAUGGAAGCACAUCAGAAGCUCUGUUUGGACGUGUAAUCUAUAUUUUUCACCGUAAUAACUUCGCUGUGAUGGACAAACUGAGACUGGAGAUCUUGAAGACCAAUGCAGACGCGUUUCAGUUGGACUCUUACGCUCUGGAAAACACCGAAAACGCAUUAUCAAACUACACCACCAGCUUUAAACGCAGCCCCGAUCUGGAUUUCGUUACUGGAUUCCAUUUGGUAGAUAAGAAAACACAAAUCGUUGCAGUUGAAGGCCUCAGACGUAAAGCGGUGAAGAGACUCCGGGAAUCUGUGGCUAUGAAGCUAAGUGGGAGUAAGGAGGAGCAGGUGAUUGCGCUCUACACGUCAAGUCUGGCUUUCUUCAAACGCAUCUAUGACUCACUGGAUCUCAGCCUGACGCCGAUCGUUCUCCCCGAGUCGCUGGAGACGAUCCUGAUGGAGCCACUCGUCUAUGUUAAAGGCACGAUUCCCCCGCUGUGUUUGCAAGGUUUAUUAAGGCUACAACAGCUCCGCCAGGCGAGGUCCCUCACAGAAGCGGCGCAGAACGAUCUCUUCCCCUCUGCAGAUAUGAUUCAAAGCCUGAGCAGACAAUACAAAACACCUACGCAGCAGUGGAAACGAGACCUCGGAGUGAUUAAACCGAGGAGUGAGCAGGUCCCUGUUCUUAUUAAAAGUCAAUCCACAAGUCAAACUACAGACGCUGAAGAAGAUUUCCACUGUUACGUCAAUAAACGCCACGGCACGUUCAGGAAACUUAGAGACUUUAUCCAGGAAAAUAAAAGGAAAGUGCAUGAGGACAGCGCUCGUCUACAAAGGUCGGUGAGCACUUUGAGGUUGAAGACGGACGAUGACGGACCAGCUCACAACUACAGCAUCCAGACGUUCAAUACAAAUGUGCUCAACAAGGAGUGGCUCCAACAACAAAUGGCAAAGCUGCCAGGUCGAAGGUUCACGUACAGUCAGGAGUACUACAGCGCCACUGUGGAACCAGCAGAGUACACAGUGAGCACCCCGAGCACCCCGACCGCAGACAGGCCUCCAGACCGAUGUGAGGUUCCAAUUUUAAAAGCCAAAGUUCCAUCUGCUAAAGGUGUUCACAGAUUUGUCGCGUGUUAUAAGACCUGGGACUCGGGUUUAAGCAGAUCUGAAAUGCAUCCCCAAACCCCAGAUCAAGCCCGAGUGGAAGAGUUAAGAAAGCCAUGGAGAGAGAACAUCCUGCACGGCAACAUCCUAAAGCCUCCUCUGUCCCGGGGCCCCUGGAGCUGGACUCGGCGCUCACAAGAUUUCCAACUUUAUCGUAAAGCUGCACCUUUUUUCAACACAUGGCCACUGAGCGUCCAAGUGGAUGGAGAAUCUGGGCUGGAGGAGCAGACAUUAGCAGCCAAAGCUCAGCACAGGCAGAGUGAGAGCAGCACUGGCCCAUUACCGGAGUUUAAGUGCCACAUGGCAGAAACAGACAAGUUUCACAACCUUUUAAAAGAUGAACCCCAAAAGUAUUCUCUGAGGAAACCGGGGAUGAUUUUAAAGCCUGUGCCUCAUCUGUCUGUGAUCAGCCGCUCUGGAGAUGUGACAGAUGCACAAAGGAGCGCUGCUCUGGCCCCAGGGCCCCGCAUGGACUGGAGUCUGAGCAGCAGGAACAACGCCAUCCCCAGACACAGCACAGAGUUUUACAAGUACCACUACAUGCAAGUAUAG